UUAGAAAACGACCUUCUAAAAGACAUUGAAUUUCAAAAAUUAGACAGUAGUAAUAAAUUUUGAGUGUAGCAACCUUUAACCUGAUGUUAGAAAAUUACUAUUUUCUUAUUUUGAUUGGGCAAUUACUGUUGCAUGCAGACAGUGAUGAUUAAUUUUUAUUAUCUGCAUGAAAUCCCAUCAUAUCUGGAAUCUCGCAUUAACAAAAGGAUUAAUAGCCAAAGGACAUAAUGUUACACUGUUAGAACCUGGAGCAAAAGAAUCAGAAACAGAAUUGUACCAUCCAAUUGACUUAGAAGAGUUAGAAUUGGUCGUUGAAGAUAUCGCCGAAGUGGCUAAACAAAGUUUUAGUGAUAAAGUUGAAUUUUUCUUUUCUAUGGUUAAUAGUAUUUGCAAAGAUGUAUACCGAUCGAAUAAAAUUGAUGAAAUUAUCAGAAAUAAAAACAGAUAUAAGUUUGACAUGCUUAUCAUAGAUUUAACUAUAUUUCCGUGCAUGUUGCCCUUGAUUCAAGAAUUUGAUAAACUCCCUGUUGUAGGAGUUUCAGCAUUUCUGCUGCCGCCAGAAUUGUCGCAUAUUUUUGGAAAUAAUCUGUAUCCAGCUUAUCUUCCGCAUUAUUAUUUGACCGCUUCUGAUAAUAUGGACUUUUAUACUAGAUUACAAAACUUUUUAGUUACUUAUUACGUGGAAUAUAUAUAUGAAUCUAACAUACCCCAUUACGAGAAUAUGGCCCGGCAAAAGUUUGGAAAUCAUAUUCGUCCAUUUAAAGAAUUAUUGAAGAAAGUUUCCUUAUUAUUAAGUAACACAAACCCUAUUUUUGACUAUCCCCAACCUCUACCACCCACCAUAAUUCCUGUGGGCGGAUUACAUGCCAGACCAGGUAAAAAAUUACCCAAGGAUUUACAAGAACUGAUGGAUAAAAGUACAAACGGUGUAAUAGUAUUUUCUUUAGGGACUAAUAUUAAGUCUGAGAAACUUGAUGUUCAUAAAAGAAAAAUUAUUCUAGAUGCUUUUGCACAACUUAAUGAAAUAGUAAUCUGGAAAUUUGAGAAGGAAUUGCUUGAUCUACCAAAGAAUGUUUUUGUCCGAAAAUGGUUACCUCAAAAUGACGUUAUAGCACACCCAAAUGUAAAACUUUUUAUCGGCCACGGGGGAGCUCUGAGCACCCAGGAAGCUUUUUAUCACGGCGUACCAAUAAUAGGAAUACCAUUUUUUGUCGAUCAACACAUUAAUGUACAAACUUUUUCUGAGAGGAAAAGAGGCUUAAGGUUGGAUAUUAAUUCCAUAACGACAGAAAACUUGGUUGAAACUAUACGUGAAGCAAUCAACAAUCCACUAUAUCGAAGAAAUGUACAAGAUAUAUCUAGACGAUUCAAGGAUUUACCAACAACUUCUCUAGAUUCAGCAGUAUUUUGGAUAGAGUACGUUCUAAAACAUAAUGGAACAUCAUUUCUUGAUGUUAGAGCCCGUUCAAUGAAUUUUCUUCAGUAUACGUCUUUAGAUGUAAUAUUAUUUUUAAUUCUUUUGUCCCUUGGAGGAGUCCUUCUUUUAUAUUUGAUCUCCAAACACUUUUUAUUUAACCAUAAAUAUAAAGUGAAAAGAGAAUAAUAUAAAACGGAUCCUUGAAACUAAAUAAAUUUUAAAAAACAUGUAUCACAAAAUUAUUAUUGUAGAUUAUUUGUAUUAUUUUAUAAAUAAUAUAUCAACACAAUAAUAAUUAUUUAUGACCAAAAAAAAUUUAAGGAACUGUUACUACUAAAUUUAUGUUUAUACGAAAUUAUGAAAAAAUUUUAAAUGUAUGUACUAUUAUUAAUUAUAAUGUUAUAGGGAAUUUAAAAAAAAAUCAACCAUUAAAUUAAAAAUACGUUUUAAAGAAA